CCAGCAGUAAACGUUAUCCGAAACUGGCUACGCGCAAAUCAAGCUGGCCACCAUGGUGACGAAUGCCGCGGGGACAGCCGCAACGGGAGCAGCAACAAGCAACGCCACCAACAACAACAACCUGCAGACGAACAACAACAGCCAUGCGGCGAACAACAACAACGAUGACUUUGACUUUGACCAGGACAGUGGACUGCAGGACCUCGGCUUGCCGGUGUCCGUGCAAACAUUCCUGUGGCGGCAAAUAGCGCCCUUCAUCCGGCCCAAGCUGGGCAAACUGCACGAGUCUACCUGUCUGUUUUGUCAACAUGCACCGGGACACCAUGAGUCAAAGGAAGCCUGCAAGUCCUUUGAGAAAGUGCUUGUGCAGAACAUUCAGUUUGGGCUGUCACCGCCCCUCACGAAGGGUUUGGGUGUGAUUCCCCGAUGGCGUCUGUUGCAAGGAGCUCUGCCACAUGUCAUGCAUGCCUGUGCCGCUCUGCUCUACAACCGCGUCAAGGACAUGCAGGCCAUAGGUCCUGUGGAGACCAAGCUACUCUACACCAUGCAGUGGAUCCUGCUCUACGCCGCCGAGGAAUGUGCCGACGAUGAAGGCGGCGAGGAUCUGGGCUUGGGAGAUGCGGCGGAGCCCAAGUCGAAGUCCAUUGAUCAGUACUUGUUCUCUGUGCCAACUAUAACGCUCUUUGUGUACCUAUUUGCACCCAUUAUACACCAUCUAAAGGAAUCGGAUUUCCAGAACUUUCGCCUGGAGAAUGGCAUUAAGCUCUGGCAGGGAAUGUGGGAUAAUCGAGCACCCGGAGCUCCAUGUUUCACAGCUCCCGUAAAGCCCAAGGCUCGCAAUUUGCUGUGUGCACCCACUCCAAAAGGAUCCACGGAUGUUUUCCCAGCCCGAAAGCACUCACUCAGUGCGGAUGCCAUGUCACCCAAGGCGGAUUCGCCGCAGAGCGGUAUCUCCGACUAUGGAAGGCAGGACGAGGAGGGUUCCUGGGUUUCUUCGCCCAAGGAGUUUGCCUUUCCCGAAACCAUACCAGAAGAAGCCUCCAGCGUGGAGGAUGAACGUGUGGUCAUCUUCAGACUGCCUUCAGCGCCGCAACUAAUGGAUAACUCAUUCUUUACGGCCGAUGCCAGUCUGCUGCAACAGCAACAGUCCCAGAGUCGCCGAGGAAGUCGCCAGUCCAUGAACUCCCGCGACAAGGAUAAGAUGCCCUCCACCAAGUUCGAGUUUGAUCAGCAGGAACUCAUGCGCGGUGCCUCGAUGAAGGAGAAGCGCAGUGCCUCCAUCGAAAAGGAGACGGACUCGGAUAAGUCGGAGAGCAUCAAGGCAGAUGUGUCCGCGGCCACUUUCCUGGAUGUGGCAGUGCUCCGCUGCCUCUUCAUCUCCCAUUGGCAGGAGGAGGGCAUCUUCUGGAGCCUGCAGUAUCUAUACAAUCGACUCAGUGACAUUGGCGAGGAGGCGGCCAUCACUUUGAACCAACCUCGCAAGCGCUCGAACUCCUUGCCCAUACCGCAAAUCGAGAUUUCACUGUACCAGGGACCAGGCAGCAAUAGUCGUGAUAGUCCAGGCAGUUCUGUGGUUAAGGAUUACAUUGAAAUACCAGAUCCAUCGCCCACGGUGACAGCCUGUGCGGCAGAAGAACCUCAAAGUGCACCCAGCACUACGGAAAGACGCGGCAGUGAGAAGAAGAAACGCGUUAAGAUGGCCGAUCUGCGGGCUUUCGUGGAGACCAAGAUGUUCUCGAAGUCGGAGAAGAAUUUGGAAAAAGUAGGCCUCGAUACAAACUCAGCCAAUGGCAAGACACCACUGCAACAUGCAGAGUACCAUCGCAGCCUGGACACGGGUGAGAAGAAGCUCUCUCGAUCGGCCUCGAUGAUAAGUCGCGAACCAGCCAGUAACUUGAUCAAGGGCAAGUCCAUGCCCAGUCUGAGAUUUUACAGAUACGUUGAGCCGCCCAAGGCCCCCAGGCCAUCGCAGGCCACCUGUCCGCGCUCUACGGCCUUCUAUCCCCGGAAUCCCAUCAUUACGGUGACGGAGCACACGCCCACACCUUCGCCUGAUUACAUGAAGCGUCAGGGCUCCAUUGACUCCCAGCUGGAUGCCUUGAGUAAUGGCGGCAGUAUAGCUGGCAUGGCUGGAAACGGAGGUGGUAAUGGUAGCACAGGUAUGGGCAGCACCACCACCCGUUACCGUGGCCAAAUGCUGCGCUCCCACACGGACUCCCACAUCGAUUAUACGGGCGUGGAUGAGUCGGAGGCGCCGGGUUCCUCCUUUUACAUAACACGCGAUGGCGGGAUUGACUACGAGAUUAUCCUGCUGGCCAUUAGCAAUGUUUUCAAGCGGGAUCCGGCACAGGUUUGCUCACUCCGCGUUUUGGAAGCGGGUCUGAACAUCUGCGAGCUGCUCAUUGAAAUGGGUGUGCUCAAGUUGGGUGAGCAUGCCCACGAGAUCUCGAUGAGCAUUACCAGGAGAGCGCUGCAGGUCCUGGGAUGUCCACACGGUUGCAAUGAUGGUGUUCGUGGGCCACCGGCUGACUUCCUGCGCAACCAAUGCCAGAAGAUCCUGUCCAGGAUGUUGCGGCAGGCUGGUCAAAGGACCAAGCGCUUCAUGCAGGAGAUGGUAAAGACAUCGCCGUUGCCGGAGCUCAUCGACUACUUCCACGCCUUCCUGGCCUUCUGCGUGGAUCCCAGCUCCCUGCUGUCGCCACUGACUCAUAAACGACAGAGUGGAUUUAAAAAUGCUAACACCGAUAUUGGCGGCGUACCAGGUCAGGGCGGCUAUUCGACCAAUUUUAGCGGCGGCAUGAGCGGCGGCGCCGAGGCCCAGGUGGUUGGUGCGGUCUUCAAGCCGCUGGUCAGCCGCUUUGUGGAGGCCAGCAAGGAUCUGAAGGGUCCGGAGAAUAUAGCCCUGUACGGCGACAUCCGGCAGCUGGUCACCUAUGUGAAGGGCGCCCACGGCGGUCCGUUUCGGCUGGUGGCCCUCAGCGGCAUCCUGGCCGUCACUCCAAGGCCCCACAAGAAGGGUCCUUCCGCGCAGACCACUCGUGUCAUCAGACACAUUCCGCAGGCCAAUGCAAAUCAGAGUCUGCAAAACGACGACAAUCGUUCCCAGCGACGUCUUCUCCUGAAGAAACGCAGCACUUCGUCCGCCUGCGCCAGCCUGCUGGAGACGGAGGCCUGCGAGGAGCACUACAAGACCAGCCAGUCGCCACUGAGCAACUUCCGGCGCAGGACCACCGGAGUGCGACCCACGUUGACGCCGCGUCACAGCGAACGCGCCCUGUUGUCCGACUCCACGUCCAGUUCGGAACGCAAUUCGCUGGGACGGCUCAGCGGCUUGGUGCGCUGGUUCCGCGGCACGCCCAAGGAGGCAUCGUCCAUCGACCUGGAGAUCGGGUCGCUCAACCCGGAGAUCUCCUCCACGUUCAUGCGGCACGCCUCGCUGAAGAUCCAGCGCGGCCGGUCGAGCGAUGGCAUUGGGCGGUCCAUUCAGCGCGCCAAGCGACGCGUCGAGCGGCGGCUGAACCGUUUCGGCGGCAUUGUGAAGGGCAAGAAGAAGGUGGGCGGCAUCGAGGAGACGGCGGACUUCAGUCGCCGCAGCUCCUCGGACAUGUGCGACGGUCCGCGCGAGUCGGAGGUGGUCAUCCUGAAGGAGCGCAAGCUGGUGCCCACCGAACCGGUGCGCGUGGGCAUGCUGCGACUUUCCUUCCUGCUGGAGACCUGUGCCCCCGGCUCCUUUCCCGAUCCCCAGCUGGUGGCCGCCGUUCUGGAUCUGCCACAAGCUCCACUCGUGGCUAGGGCCACCUUCCUGCUGGAGUGCGCCCACUUUGUCCACUUGUGCAACAAGGGGCAGUGGCCCGCCUGGAUGAAGCAGAACGUGGGCAGCUACCGGGCCUCGGGGGCAAACAUCAAUCUCAAUCAGAUGAAGCAGCAGGUGAGCCAAACGAGCGCCAGACGCACCCACAUCCUGCAACGGGCAGCCGGCAAGAUGUUCCACCAGUGGGCAGAGAUGGUGGGCGCCAGGCUGGAGGAGAUCCUCUUCACGGAGCGGCUGCAGUACGAGGCGGUCAAUGCGAGUCUCACGGAUCCCGAGAAGCAGCGCGAGCUACUGCAGCAGGACGAAGAGGAGGACUUUCUGGACGAAACAUCGGUGAAUCCCCACGGCAAUGAUUGUCCGCACUCCCUGAAGCUGAUCGCCUGUGUGCUCCUCUUCGAGAUAACUGCGUUUUUGAGGGACACCUACCUGAUGCUACCAAAGACAUCCAAGCUGAUCCAUCGCGACAAGCCGGCGCCCUGGGAGAAGGUCUAUCGCGAGGCCAAUCGCCGCUGGUCCAUGGCCCUCAGCUCCAUGGGUCACUCGCAGACCUCCGCCCAGAGCCUGCAGUCGAUAGCGGCCGGUAACGAUGGCGCCGGCCAGUCGGAGCGCAAGAUAUCCUUCGUGCUCCACGAACCGGACAAUGAGUCGGAGAACAGCAGCAACACAACGCUGACCAAGGAGGGCGAAGAGGCACGUCGACCCACUGCAUCGGCUGUUCGGCCAUUCCUGCUGAGACGAGGCACUGCCACCACAACGGGAGGAUCCUUCAAGCGCCGCUCGCUGAAGCUGCGUCGCAACACCAAGGACAGCAAGGACAUCGAAACCGAUUUCAAUAUGCAAUCACGUCGCAAGGUGUCCUCGCUCUCCGAUCGCAGCGACACCUCGGAGCAGGGCAUGAUCAGUGGUGGCGAGGAAUCCCCGGGCAUUCUCAGCGACGAUCAGCAGCCGGAGUCGCCCACGGACUCGAACGAAAACGAUGAUACGGCCAAGAAUAUGCCAUGGCUUAAAGCAAUCAUCGAUCUUAUGUCCAGCUAUAACUACUACUGCACCCACAAAGGAUAUUGCCAUCCAUUUUGCUACAAGCGACACAUGCGAUCCUGCACUCGCUUGGUCAAAGCCACCAGAAAGGUUUAUGGCGAGGAGUUUGGAUUCACCUUCGAUGCAGAUCAUCCCAAUGUCGAGCCCACAAUCAUCACCUCCAGUAAGCCACAUACUUCUCGAGCUCGCUCCACUAGGAAAGUAUCGGAACAGAGUUCCACUCAGACAUCCCCGUCCAAGCGAAAGGAUAGCUUGUCACGCAAAGAUCGGAUAAGUGAUGAUCCUGACCUGGAAAUGGCGGAGAAGUUGGCCAAAGCUUUUCGACAGGAAAAAGAAAAGAAGAUGCAGGAGGAACCGCCCAUCCUGAAGUUCAUCCGCAUUCAUAUACGUAACUUGUUCCAUUUUCCACUCGCCACCUUGCUAAAGGGUGCAGUUGUGCUCACCGAGGAGAUGGUCAUCGAGGCAAUGCCAGCCGCUUGGGAACUCCUGCUGGAGACCAAUCACGAUACGGCCACCUCAAGUGCCGCCGUAUUUUUGAUGGGCUCGGUGAAGGCCCAGAACUUUGCCUUCGACAUCAUGCAGAGGGCUUUGAAGCACAAGGAUCCGGACAUAAGGAUUGGGGCCAUUCAGCGCUAUCUGGUGCUGUGGAAGUGCCGCUUCCAUGUCUGGCCACGAAUGGAGGAGAAUGCCCACGAUGUGACCUUCAAGGUGCCACCGGGUGGCAUCGAAUUCACACUGCCCUCGCCCAAGAUUGGCAUCGAAAGUCUGCCGGUGGUGGAUCCACCCUGGAUGCCAGUCCAGCAGACAAAGGACAUGGACGUAACCCUGAACCAAGAUAGACAUCGAUCCUUGGUCACCGCAACCAAGAGCCGGAAGAUGCAGCAGACGGAGGCCAUCCGGAAUGCCCUGCGCCAGCAGAGGGACAAACAGCGGGCAGAGCGCCACAGUUUCCUAAUCACCAUGAUACCCAUCAGCCAACAGGCAUCUCAUGAGCCCGGCAUGGAGAAACUGGAGGACCAUGAGAUCGAGGAGGACCUUGAUGGCACUCGCAUGUCCUCGCACUUGCACCACGCCCACUCUCUCUUCCCCUCCGUGCUCUGCUCCUCCGUGAUGCAGAUCGUUGGCUGCCUGGACGAUGCGGCCAUUGGAUCGGAUGGCAAUGCGGUAUAUGAGAUUGCCUACCAGGUGAUCUGGGUGUGCUUGGUGGAGGAGUCAGCUCUGUUCCUGCGCUAUGUCUUUGAGCGCCUGACUCGCGAUCGCCAGGAUCAGAUGUUCAAGCUCCUGCGACACCUCAUCCGAUUUGUGCCCCGUCUGCCCCAACAGGCGGCAUUUGCGCUCUACAACUCGAUUAUAGGAUACAUCAUGUUCUACGUCAGAUCUUCCAACGAACUGAAGCAAGAGCUCGUUGGCUCAGCUUUAUCUGUGCUUUGGAUGGUGGUGCACUCGGUCCAUGGAAUUAUGUUCAAGGACCUGAAGCAGAUUCUGCGUAAGGAGCAAUGCGACGCAUCCAUCCUGCUAACGGCCAAUGUGCCCGCAGCCAAAAAGAUUGUUGUGCAUGGACCAGCGGACGAUGACUACAACAUACCCUCUCAAUUUCCCGUCCAGGAGGAUACUCUUUUCUGUCAGCUGCUCAAGGAGGCCUUGGAUUACUAUCCCAUCGAUGAAAAGAACACGAGUCACUACUGCCUAGUAGACUACAAGAGCAGUAAAAUCCUCAACCCCAACUGGUACAUCCGUGAUCUGUACUUCUUCAAGAGAUCUCAAUACCCGGAGGUGCGUCUCAUGCUUAUGCGUCCGGAGGAGUCCUUCCUGGCGCUCCAGAAACAGGAGCUUACCAAGAAGUUUGUGGAGAUCGGCAAGGUGCACUUGACAUGGGCCAUUCUGAAGAACGUGGACAUGGUGGUGCAGCGGGUGGUGUUCCUGCACGAGGAGCUGAUGAAGCUGCCCUCCUUUCCGCGCAAGGCACUCGAGGUGGAUCUGGAUCUGCACCAUGGUGGCGAGUACGGAAAGGUGCUGCUCGGGUUGGACGUCCUGCACAAGUUCAUGUGGGUGCGACUGAUCGCCCGCAUGUUCGAGGCCAUGGCUGGGAAUUUUGCCUACUCAGCGGACAUCCAACUCUUUCUGAACGUCCUUUCCGGCGCCUCCAUUCUGCACGCCGAAGAUUCGUGCAUCAUGCGCUAUGUGAUGGCCACCUUCAUCAACGCCGCUUUCAACUUCAAGAACAUCUUCUCCACGAACGGUUACUUUAUGAUUAUGCCCACCCUGCUGCAAGUCUACUCCCUGCAUCAGACUAACAAGCUGAUCACCACCACCAUUGAGUAUGCGGUAAAGCAGUUCUACCUGCUCAACCGGAAGCCCUUUAUCCUGCAAAUGUUUGGAUCCGUUUCCGCCAUUCUCGAUACGGAUGAGGAUGGCACGUACGGUGAAGCCCACAAAGUGCAGUCGAGCUGCCUCUUCAACCUGCUCCUCAGUCUCGAGGAUCCCUCGCCGGAUCCUCUAAACAUUGCGGAGCUGGUCAAGGAACCCAAGCCCCUCAAGGCCAUUGACUUUUGUUACCAUGACGAGGAUGACGACGUCACGGUUCUGGAUUGCAUUACCUUAUGUGUCAUGGUCGUGUCCUACUCCGCAGAGAGCACACGCGGAUACCAAAUGCUAAUCAUUUUGGAGGCCAUUCUGCCCUGCUAUCUGCAACAGAUCCAGUCGCCCAGCUAUAUUCCGCUGCAGGGAAAGUCGGAGCGCGAUAUUAUCCUCCAGCUGGCGGUGGCCAUACGCACCAUGGUGCACAACUGCGAGGGUCUGGCCAAGAGCUACAAUGGACCGUAUCGGAACAGUCCGGAGCACAAGGGCUCCUCGCAGCGCAACUGCAGCCGGGGACCUCCAUGUUCACCCGGCCUGGACUUUGAGGAGGAAACACAUCCCAAAUACAUGACCGAUGCUCGCACCAAGAACAUGAUGGACUCUGCCGAGGAUUCGGAAAUGAUACGCACCGAGUACCGAAGACCACGUGACGUCUUACUCUCCGUGGUGGCCGAUUUCCUCACGAAAUCCACCGUGCGUCUAGCAGAGCUGGCCAAGAAGAUGCCCAGUGAUACGAAACCCACCGAGGUCCUGGACGCCAAGUGCCACAUACGUUUGGCGGACAUCGCGCACUCCUUGCUGAAGGUGUCGCCCUACGAUCCGGAGUCCAUGGCCUGUCGAGGACUGCAGCGCUAUAUGCAGGCGGUUCUGCCACGGGCGGAGUGGUCCAACGAUACGUUGCGCAACGCACUGGUCACCAUACUACGGCGCAUCGACAAGGUGUUCCUCAAGAUCUCAAAGAAGCCAUCGAUCAGGAGGAAUACGGACUGGGAGGCGGCCGCCGGACUGCUGAAGGGCAUCCACGAGACGAUCAUACGGCACUCGUACGUGCUGCACUGGCAGCAGAUGAAAACGCUCAUCAGCACGGUGCAGAAUCUGAUCGUCAACGAGCCCGGCAUUCCCGAGGGCGUCUCCAGCGCAGGAGCAGCGCUCAUGUCUCAGAAUCCGCCGGCCUUUUUCUGCUCGGCCGUGGUGCGUUUGGUGGCCCUGCAGGUGGUCAGCCCCGUGGACUGUUUCUCCCUGGUCCAGAUAUGCGGCGGUAGCGCCGAGUUUGCCACGCAGGAAAAGGCCGAGGGCUUUCUAAUGCAUCUGAUAAUGCCACUGUGUCUGAAGGUUUGCUCGGGCCGCGGCGUAUCCGACGUGGGCGAGUUGAAGAUGUCGGACGUUUCCUUCCUGCUGACUGCCGUGUUGAAUGCGAUGAGUCCGCCGGCGGGUCGCACCGGGCAGGCCGUGUCCCAAAUAAACCGGGUGACCGGCGACCUACGCGCCGGCUCACUCACCUUCACCGGCAGUCGGGAUGCCAAGCGCCCAGCCCGCAUCUCCGGGUCCCUCUACCAGGCCGCCUUCUUAGCCCUGCGCAUCGUGUGCAUCUGCUUCGAGAGCCGGCUCUCCAACGAGUGGCCCCGCAUCGUUCGGGUGAUGAGGGAUCUCGGCAGGCGCAAUGAGGCGGCCCCGGAUCUCUGGAGCUUUAUGGAGUUUGUGGUCACCCACCGAACGCCCCUCUACAUUGUCCUGCUGCCCUUCAUUCUGCACAAGAUAUCGCAGCCACCCAUUGGGGAUCACGAGCGACACAUGCAGUUCAUCAUCCGGGAGCGAUUGCGUGGAACUCCGCCGCAGGGCGGGAUUAAGUCCAAGGGAGCUCUGCUGCUAGAACUGGCCAGGGAGCUGCGGGACCUGCGCGACGAGCUGGAGGAGAAACGCUACGUCUCCACAGAUCGCGAGAGCUCCGAGCAGAAGAAGAGCGACACACCGGCGGCAACUAGUGCGGCUGAAGCCCACAAGUCGCAGCAAAGACCUUCACUUAUAUCUAUCUUCACAGGAACCACCACGGGCCAGGCCUCGCACUCCCACGUCUCCGCCGUGCCGAUCGACUCGCGCAGCGGAUCCGGCGGGAUCUGCACGCCCAGCGACACGCUGUCGCAGCAGACGCUGCACCCGCCGCGGGAGUCGCUCUCGAGCAGCUCCACGGGCCGGGAUCCGCACACGACGACCAGCGAGAGCCAGAGCGGCGAGGCGGACGCAGGAUCGGCGCCCACGCUGGUGGGGCCAACGCCGAGCGGUUCGGGACAUGGAUCGGGCAGUGGUAUUGGUACCGGUGCCGCCUCCGCCGUGCCCUCGCAUCUCUCGCAUUCGCAGUCGUUGCAACAGGCUCCCUUCAAGGCCCAGCCGCCCAAGCUGCGCUUCGUAUCGUCCGUGGAGUUCCGGCACUCAUCCGGAGAGACAUCCACCACACCGCUCUCGCCGGAAAGCCCCGCAGAGGACAGUUCCGGGGAUCAUACCCGCUCACGCCUACAGCGAUCCAAGGCGGCCAGUCGAAAGACCUUCAGGCUCAAGCGCAGUCGCCUGACGCCCAUGGAACCACCCAGCAUUGUCACCUCGCAGGAGGAACAGGUACCGCAGGCGCAGGCAAAGGCCCUGGGCGAGAUUUCCUGGGACUCCGUUUCGCAGACAUCCUCGACUUCCGGCUAUCGGGACAACAACAGUCUGCAGACUGGUCUGCUUUCGCCAGAUGGAUCCUUGGGCGGCUUGACCCUGGGUCGCUCACCCUCGCAGCACUCGCUUCUGAUGGUCUUCGAGGGGCAGGACGAGGACACACUCAUUUAACAAUCACAGAACGGCGACCGGGCCUACGAACUUUAGAACCCAAGUGGUUCCACUAAUUAACAGGAAUUUGUAGUUACACAUGCAAAAGGUAGUUGUUGGGUGUUGAGUUUUACAGAUGAAUCGUUGUUUUCCAUUGUGUGCCAUUUUUGUAUAUGAUAGUUAGAGUUAGAAACUAAUAAAAGUACUUGGU